AGCGAGAUUAUGACUAGUUUAAUGUAAAGUGAACCACAAACAACAACUUGUGUAAGUUCGCAUAUUGAAGCCCACACGCACCAUGGCAUCACGCAACAACGAAACCGAACUCGAGAACCUAGGCCAAGGAAGAUCUCGCAGCAGGGGAGAUGGUGGACUCUUUAGACCACCUGACGCACACCUUCUAAGACAACGAAGCUCUAGUGCUUCUCCUCGCCGUGUCUCUGGUCCUAAAACUUCUCGAUCCCCAUCCAGGACGGUAUCUAAUCCUCUCGGGCUUCAUGAGUCAAGCUCGACCGUGAGGAGAUCUUCUCCGGCAUUCUCACCUUCUGGGCGUCCUGGCAAUGAUGAAAGGAGACACCGCCCUGACCGUGAAGAGUUCGACGUAGGAACGGGCGCAUCGAUAUCGCUGUCAUCGUCUGCACAACACGGACAGCGUGCUAACGACGGUAGAGAAAAUCAAUGGAGGAUAAGCCAGUAUAGCGGCUCCAGAGAUCAGCGUGCAUCGGUAUCGCCAUCACCACAGCGCUCACAGAGCCGUGACUAUUAUGAUAGAGAAGGCGGACGAAGGAUGAGACAGCAUAGUGGCUCUAGAGCGUACCAUGGAUCCAGAGGACGUAGUCGGGUAGGGCGAUCCCACCAGAGUCGACAUCAUUCAGCCAGCGACACGCAUAUAACGACUCCCCAUCUGGAUGGGUCUCGCAGGGAAUACACUUCGGGAUAUGGCAGACAGAGAUCAAGCAUGCACGCGGUGCCACGAGAUGCAAACUCCCGAUGGAGUAGGUCACCUUCGGAAGAUAGUUCCGAUUGUUGCGGUUGUUGAGCCUGUUGGCUCAAGCAGAUCUGCAGAGAGAAAUGAUGUAGACUGUAAUGUUUCCCUCUUUUGUUGACUAGCAAUACAAUUUCAG